AUGUCACAUCAUAUUAAAAUUCACGUUGAAAACGAGACACUGGUGUUGCGAGGCAACCCUGAGGAAUCCGUUGGUUGUGUUUUACGAGGCUGUGUGGUAUUGCAUACUAGAGAAACCAUGAAGGCCAAAUCCAUCACACUUAAUUUAAUGGGAAAAAUGAAGGUGCAGUGGAGUGAACGCAAUCAUCAGCAUAAACAAGAACUCGUUGUUCUGAGUCAUGAUUGGAAUUUCUUACCGACACAAAAGAAACUUCAUUCACUUGCUCCUAAUGUAUAUAAAUACCCCUUCGAAUACGUUCUUCCCGGGCAAUUGGCAGAAUCCAUUGAUUCUAAUUCGUACGGUUCCCUGUCGUACAAGUUAAAAGUGGUAGUUGACCGACCAGCUUUUCUACCGAAUUUGAUUGACCGACAUCCUCUGCGAGUAAUUCGUCAAAUCACACCAUCUUACGACCACAUGUCCAAUAUGCCCAUGCACAUCUCCAAUGAAUGGACCGACAAACUGGACUACAAGAUCAGUGUGCCUCGUAAAAUCUAUAGCCGUGGUGAACAAAUCCCUGUUGAAUUUUCUCUGAUGCCCAAAGCUGGUUCUGGACUUCAAGUGAGGUAUUUAUCUUGUUUUCUGAAAGAAUACACUAGUUUUGUACGAGGUGGUACUACCACUGCCAUGCACACCGAAUCAAAGAUCAUUCGGUUCUUCAGAGACGAGACUUUUCCCUCAUCCGGGUUACACUGGCACAAAACCGAAAUCAUGUCUGUACCACAUUCAUUUGGUUCCGUGCAAUGUGACACUCAGAAUCACUUUUUCAAGAUCGAGCACAAGUUGAAAUUCACCAUGUCCCUGAUCAACAAACAAGGGGAGCUUUCUGAAUUACGUGCCUCUAUGCCCAUCAAUAUCAUCAACCAAAGCUUAGCACAAGGCGACUCGGAUGAAAAUGAGUUACCCACAUAUGAAAAUGCAUGGCGAUCUGCCUUAUAUUCUCCCUUGCCUUAUUUGGACUCAAACUCUCCCUGUUACUCACCUGUCGAUGAAUCUGGCCCGAUAACUCCCUCGUUGGAACCAGCUGCUGAUUAUUUCGCUUAUCAACCAUCCAAUCCAUGUACCGUAUUGCCUUCUUAUCAUUCAGUUCUUCUUCCUGCUCAUGAUGGUUUACCUUCCUAUCAGUAA